AUGGCAACGACGCUCAGUUCAAAGAUGGCGCCCGAAUGGGGUAGAGGAGGGUCCUCGGGUUCAGGUCGGGGCCCAAGUCGGUGGCUUUGGAGCGGUUCUUUAUGGGUCCGAGGCAUUUUGCUCCUGUUGGGCGGGCUCCGGACAAGUGCUACGUCUAUUCCUGUGUCCUUGAGCAGUGCGCUUCCCUGCCGGCACCACGUCCCCUCUGACACUGAGAUCAUAAAUAAGGUCCAUCUUAAAGCAAAUCAUGUUGUAAAGAGAGAUGUUGAUGAACAUUUAAGAAUCAAGACUGUCUAUGAUAAAAGUAUUGAAGAGUUGCUCCAUGAAAAAAGAUCCCUUGUUAAGAACAAACUUUUUCCACAAGCUAUUUCUUAUUUAGAGAAGACUUUUCAGGUUCGUAGACCUGCGGGCACUAUCUUACUUAGCAGACAAUGUGCAACAAACCAAUACCUACGGAAGGAAAAUGAUCCCCACAGAUAUUGUACUGGAGAAUGUGCAGAGCAUACAAAAUGUGGCCCCAUUAUAGUGCCUGAAGAGCACCUCCAGCAAUGCAGGGUCUGCCGUGGGGGUAAGUGGCCCUGUGGAGCGGUGGGUUUGCCAGACCAAGAGGGGGUCCGAGAUGCUGACUUUGUUCUUUAUGUUGGUGCUCUGGCCACCGAGAGGUGCAGCCAUGAAAACAUCAUUUCUUAUGCAGCCUUUUGUCAGCUUUUUUUUUAAGCAAAAAUGGACAGGCCAAUAGCAGGAUAUGCUAACCUGUGUCCAAAUAUGAUCUCUACCCAGCCUCAGGAGUUUAUUGGGAUGCUGUCUACAGUGAAACAUGAGAUUAUUCAUGCCCUGGGUUUCUCUGCUGGGCUAUUUGCAUUCUACCGUGAUAAAGAUGGAAAUCCUCUAACUUCAAGAUUUGCAGAUGGUCUCCCACUUUUUAAUUAUAGUCUUGGAUUAUAUCAAUGGAGUGAUAAAGUAGUUCAAAAAGUGGAGAGAUUAUGGGAUGUUCGAGAUAACAAGAUAGUUCCUCACACUGUGUAUCUCCUCGUAACGCCUCGUGUUGUUGAUGAAGCAAGAAAACAUUUUAACUGUCCAAUUCUGGAGGGAAUGGAACUUGAAAAUCAAGGUGGUAUGGGCACUGAACUCAACCAUUGGGAAAAGCGUUUAUUAGAGAAUGAAGCAAUGACUGGUUCUCACACCCAGAACCGAGUCCUCUCUCGAAUCACUCUGGCAUUAAUGGAGGACACUGGCUGGUAUAAAGCUAAUUAUAGCAUGGCUGAGAAGUUAGACUGGGGUCGAGGAAUGGGCUGUGACUUUGUCAGGAAGAGCUGUAAAUUCUGGAUUGAUCAGCAGAGAAAAAAGAGGCAGAUGCUGAGCCCUUACUGUGACACCCUCAGAAGUAAUCCCUUGCAGUUAACUUGCAGACAGGACCAGAGAGCAGUUGCAGUGUGUAAUUUGCAGAAGUUUCCAAAACCUUUGCCUCAAGAAUACCAGUACUUUGAUGAACUCAGUGGAAUACCUGCAGAAGAUUUGCCUCAUUAUGGUGGUUCAGUAGAAAUUGCUGACUACUGCCCUUUCAGUCAGGAAUUCAUUUGGCAUGUAAGUGGUGAAUAUCAGCGCAGCUCAGAUUGUAGAAUAUUGGAAAAUCAACCAGACCUUUUAAAAAACUAUGGUGCUGAAAAGUAUGGACCUCAUUCAGUUUGUCUAAUUCAGAAAUCAGCAUUUGUCAUGGAAAAUUGUGAAAGGAAGCAGAGUUACCCAGACUGGGGGAGUGGAUGUUAUCAGGUUUCUUGUUCUCCACAAGGUCUAAAGGUUUGGGUCCAGAAUACUUCAUAUUUGUGUAGUCGAGCCGGGCAGGUCCUCUUCAUUAGUAUUCACAUGAACGGCUGGAUUCACGAUGGAAACCUGCUCUGCCCAUCAUGUUGGGACUUCUGUGAACUCUGUCCUCCAGAAACAGAUCCUCCAGCUGCUAACCUGACCCGAGCUCUACCCCUUGAUCUCUGUUCCCGUUCCUCUAGCCUUGUGGUCACCCUCUGGCUUCUGCUAGGCAAUCUGUUUCCUCUGCUGGCUGGAUUUCUUCUGUGUGUACUAGGAAUGGAAAUGUGAAUUCUCAAGGCAUUCUUUUGUGUCAUGUUCCUCUGAACAAAGCACAAAAUCUGAGUGAGUAUCAGUCUGUGCAGAUGGCAGAAGGGGCAUUCAUGACUUUGGCCUGAAAGUGUUGGCCACAGUCAGACCUUGAAGCAGAGCUUCACAGCAACCCAACAGCCUCGGCUUGGAGAAGGGGAAGGAAUUCCAAGUCAUCAAGACUCUAUUUUUCAGGAUGCAUAACCGUCCUCAAGUUUUCCUUUGAAAAUGGGAUAUUGGUGAAAUUUUCAGAUUACAUACCUCAGCAUUCUCAUUAACCUAAAAUGAUGGGAAAGUUCAUCAAUACUGCAAUAAUAAAGAACUGCUAAUUACUGCAGAUUAUAAGUUGUGGAUCCUGUACCCACAAGUAUAAAUUAUCCUUUGACUUACAGAAAAUAAUUGAGUUGAGGUUUGUACAUCGUUGUUACACCUAUUUUGAAUUUAAUGAGUGUACAUGGUACAAUUAAAUCAUUGUUCUUGUUGUUCUAAAAAGUCUUUUAUAAAAUUAUGUUUUGCUAAAUGUUAUGAUUUAGCCAUGCUUGCCUUUUCAAACUAGCUGUGUGAUCGUUUACUAUGGAAUCAUGGUGUGUUGGUAGCCCUCUUCCAGCUGCAUCUGUUACUCCCAGAUCUCUGUAGCUCAGUGUCCUGUUGUAUCCUCCAUUCAUUUAAUAAUGACCUG